AUGUCAGUUGAGGAGAAAGUAGCUCAAUUAGAGUUGGAUAAUAAACAAAAUAAUAAUGAUACGGCUGGGACUGAACAAAAAAUUACUCCUUGGGAAGUUGAAGGUGCUGUUGUUGAUGGUAAAUCGCAAGGCAUAGAUUAUGAUAAAUUAAUUUCACAAUUUGGUACAAAACAUAUAACAAAUGAAACAUUAUCAAGAUUCAAACAGGUAACAGGUGAAGAACCACAUCCAUUUUUAAAAAGAGGAGUUUUCUUUUCAGAAAGAGAUCUAGAUAGAAUUUUAGAUUUAUAUGAACACGGAGAACCAUUUUUUUUAUACACUGGUAGAGGACCAUCAUCAGAUUCAAUGCAUUUAGGUCAUAUGAUUCCGUUUAUAUUUACAAAGUGGUUACAAGAAGUAUUUGAUGUACCAUUAGUUAUUGAAUUAACAGAUGAUGAAAAAUUUUUAUUUAAACCAAAAUUAACAAUAGAUGAUGUUAAAGGAUUUGCUAAAGAUAAUGCAAAAGAUAUCAUUGCAGUUGGUUUUAAUCCUGAAAAUACAUUUAUAUUUUCAGAUUUAGAUUAUAUGGGAGGUGCAUUUUAUGAAAAUGUAGUUAGAACAUCAAGACAAAUUACUACAUCAACAGCCAAAUCAGUAUUUGGUUUCAAAGAUUCAGAUUGUAUUGGUAGAAUACAUUUUGCAAGUAUACAAAUUGCAACAGCUUUUCCAUCAUCAUUUCCUGAUGUUUUAGGUUUACCACCAAAAACACCAUGUUUAAUUCCAUGUGCAAUUGAUCAAGAUCCAUAUUUUAGAGUUUGUAGAGAUGUUGCAGAUAAAUUAAAAUAUUCAAAACCUGCUUUAAUUCAUGCUAAAUUUUUCCCAGCUUUACAAGGUGCUUCGACAAAAAUGUCAGCUAGUGAUCAAACAACAUCAAUUUUUAUGGGAGAUUCAGCAAGUCAAAUAAAGAAAAAAAUUAAUAAGUAUGCAUUUUCAGGUGGUAGAGCAACAGCUGAAGAACAUAGAGAGUUAGGUGGUAAUCCAGAUGUUGAUGUUGCAUUUCAAUAUUUAUCAUUUUUCAGUUAUGAUGAUGAAAAAUUGUUUAAAUUAUCAGAAGGUUAUAAAAAAGGUGAAAUAUUAUCAGGUGAAAUGAAAAAGGAAUGUAUUGAAGUAUUACAAAAAUUUGUAGCGGAUUAUCAAGAAAGAAGAAAUAAAGUUGAUCAAGGAUUAGUCGAUAAAUUUAUGAAACCACAUAAAUUAAUAUAUGGUGAAAGGGAAAGAAAAAUACAACCAAAAGAAAGACCUCAAAAAUCAAAAAAAUAG